GCAGCAAGAGCCACUAGAUUAGGAUUUGACACUGGAACUAUCAACACCAUCCCACCGCCACUUCUCUACCUUCUACUUUGCUGAGGUUGCACUGGAGGAAGAGAAAAGGGGCGGAAAAAGUUUCAAAGAGGCGAAGCAAUUUUGAAAAAAAGUUUUGGAAAACUUUUCUCAUCUCCGGUUCACUCGUUCAUACAGAUGUCAGUGUGACUUUGAGUGCCGAGUCGUGACUUUCAUCAACUGCUGGAUUAAGUUUGAGAAAGGAUUCAUCUGGACACUCGCAGUAAGUAGAAAGCCGGAGUUGGAUUUUCCAUUGGAUUAAAAAAAAACAAACAAAAAAAAAAAAACAUUUGGAGCCAAAGGAACGCCGCGCCCCGCCAUGACUUAACGGAACGCUCAUAACGGGACCAGUGUGUGAUUUAUUUAUUUAUUUUUUAAAAGGACCGACUGGUGUGUUGUACAGCAAACUCUCCCUACGUUUGUAAUAUUGGGAUCGAGAACAACUUUACUCCCGAACCCCCUCUGGAGGCUUCAUGCCGGAGAUAUGGGUUGACCUGAGGCUGAGCUGAGAUCCAGCCCAAGGACAAUGAGCGCGCCCGGUCUUGACAUCCCUGUGCUGCCGGGUCGUGUGGUACUGAUGCUGCUGCUCCUCCUGGCCGCCCUCGGGCCGCGGCAGUCCCGAGCGUGCCACGGGCUACUCGGCUGCAGCUGCACGGAGGAGCGCUCCAAGGCGCACGGAGCCCAGCCCCUUGGGCGGAGGGUGAGCUGCGGCAAGGAGGAGCUGAUCGAACCCCCCGAUGCCAGCCUGCUGCCCAACAGAACCGUCACUUUAAUAUUGAGCCACAACAAAAUCAGGGUCCUGAACAAUGGCUCCUUCUUUGGACUUAAUGCCCUGGAGAAGCUGGAUCUCAAGCACAACUUAAUCAGCACCAUCAUGCCUGGAGCCUUCCAAGGCCUUUCCGAGCUCCGGAAACUUGACCUAUCCAACAACCGCAUUGGCUGCUUGACUUCAGACAUGUUCCAAGGGCUGACUAAUCUCACGAAACUGAACUUAUCCGGAAACAUCAUAUCAACCUUAGAUCCAGGCGUGUUUCAGGAGCUACCAUCCCUCAAGCUCGUGAACUUCAACUCGGAAUACUUGUCAUGCGACUGCGGGCUGCACUGGAUCCCGGGCUUCUUUCGCAGCAGCUCGGCUCGACUGGGGGAUGAAACCCUGUGUGCUUAUCCGAGAAGCCUGAGGGGAAAACCCCUACGAGGACUCCGGGAAAGCCACUUGAACUGUGACGGCCCUCUGGACCUGCACACCCUGACACUGCUGCCCUCUCAGCGUCAGGUGGUCUUCAAAGGGGAUCGGCUGCCGUUCCACUGUACCGCUGCCCUGGUGGAUAAAGUCACCGCUUUGCACUGGCAUCACAAUGGUCAGCUGGUGACCUCUGACCCAGAGAAGGGUGUCCAGUUGGAGAGCAAUGUGGUGCAUGAUUGCACCUUCAUUACCAGUGAGCUUAUUCUAUUCAACGUACAUGUGGAGGCCAGUGGAGAGUGGGAAUGUGUGGUUACAACCGGGAGGGGAAACACAUCUCGCUCUGUUGAAAUAGUGGUGCUGGAGAACAGCGCCUCCUUCUGCCCAGAGGACAAAGUUGUGAACAACCGGGGCGAGUUCAGAUGGCCAAGAACACUGGCGGGCAUCACCUCUCAUCAGUACUGCCUGCAGCUGCGUUACCCGUCCCUGGCCGUAGAGGGGGACGUGGAGCAGAAAAAGGCCUCUCGCCUCUGUGACCGCUUUGGGAAGUGGCAGGAGGGCAACUACACAAAAUGUCACUACACAAAUGGCAUCACCCGUGUCCUGCAUACCUUCAUCCUGAGGCCCAUCAAUACAUCAAAUGCUGUCACUUUGGCCCACCAAGUGCGCAAAUACACCCUGGAGGCUGCGGGCUUCACUGACUCAGUGGAUGUGCUCUAUGUUGCGCAGAUGAUGGAGAAGUUUAUGGAAUAUGUCAGACAGCUGGAAGAGUUGCCAGGGGUGUUGGUAGAAAUGGGCAGUAACUUGAUGCAGGUGGAUGACCAGAUCCUCGCUCUGGCCCAGAGAGAGAAGAGAGCCUGCAGCUCCAUAGUGGGAUCUCUGGAGUCUCUGGCCUGGCCUCAGUUGCACAGCCAUGCUCAGGACUUUUCCAUGGUUUCCAGGAACAUUGUUAUGGAAGCCCAUUUAAUUCGACCAGCCCACUUCACUGGCAUAACCUGCACUGCUUAUGAGCGCCGUGAGCUGUCAACAGCCACGACUGGAAUGGAAAUGACAGAGUUCUCACAUGAACAACAACUUCGGUUUCGCUGCAGCACAGGUUCCCAUAACACAUCUCUGAACAAUUUUCCCCUCAAGAAUUCAGUAGCCGUGGCCUCUGUGACGCUCCCCGCUACUUUGUUUCCUUCUGAUGCUCCUCCAGACUGUAAGCUGCAGUUUGUGGCCUUCCGAACUGGAAGCUUUUUCCCUCUGACUGGGAAUUCAAGCAACAGUGCGGGACAUUCCCGAAGGCGCAGUGUCAACACUCCGGUCAUCUAUGUGGGCCUGGACGGUUGCAGUAUGUGGAACCACUCAGAGCCCGUCUGGGUGUCACUCCGUCACUUCACCCCUGGAAGUGAUGCUGUGGCGGCACAGUGGAGUCCAAAGACACCGAACAAACAUGGCAGCUGGAGCCCAGAGGGUUGCCAGCUGGUCCACAGCGACAGUAGAACCUCCACAAUGCGCUGUUCUCUGCUUAGCAACUAUGCCGUGCUGCAGGAGGUGCCAGACUUCCCCAACUCCUCACCCAUCUCCGUGAGGGUGCUCCACCCUUUGGUGUAUGCUUGUACUGCACUACUGCUCCUUUGCCUCUUCACCAUCAUCAUCACUCACAUACUACAUCACAGUUCCAUUCACAUUUCAAGAAAAAGCUGGCACACAUUGCUGAAUACUUGCUUCCACAUCGCCAUGACAACAGCCAUCUACGUAGGGGGCAUUAGUUUGACCAGCUACCCAAUUGUUUGUCAAGCAGUGGGCAUCGCCCUGCACUACUCCUCACUGUCAACCCUGCUGUGGAUCGGUGUUAGUGCCAGGGUCAUCUACAAGGAAGCUAUGUGGAGAAUGCCGCUGCCGCCAGAAGGGGAUUCCGCUCUUCCGCCUACUCAGCGCCCUAUGCUCAGGUUCUAUUUGAUAGCUGGUGGAGUUCCUCUCAUCAUUUGUGGGAUCACUGCAGCUGUCAAUGUCAGCAACUAUGGAGACAACAGCCCUUACUGCUGGCUGGUGUGGCGCCCCAGCCUGGGGGCUUUCUUUGUCCCAGCAGGCCUGGUGGUGUUGGUGACCUGGAUCUACUUCCUGUGCACUGGGUUCUGCCUGAGGCAUCGUACAGCCAAAGAAUGCACAGGAACCACACCGUCUUCCCCUGAGACCGAGAGCCAGCCUGCACUGGCAGGAAGCGUCAGCCUCCUGUCUUCAGACUCAGUUGUGAGUCCUAUAAAUUCCAAUGUGGCUUCAGAGGACCAGUACUCUCUGAAGACACAAUUUUUCAUUUUGGUCGCCACCCACUUCCUGUUUGUGGUGCUGUGGUGUUGUGGUGCCAUGGCAGUGUUCCUGACUGGGCACGCUAGCUUGUUGUUUAGUUCGCUUUAUGGAAUGGUGGCCAUAGCCCUGGGGGUGUUCUUGGUGGUGCACCACUGCUUCCGACGUGUGGAUGUGCAGAGUUCGUGGCUGCCGUGCUGCCAGGGUCACGGCGGCACCCAUCCCGCGUCUACCUACACGCACACUUGCACAACAGGAAGUGGCGUGCAAACCCCUGAGCAGGGAUCCCAACUUUACAUCAACUGCCAUCAACCGGGUGACUCGCACAAUUCUUCAUCGGCUCGGUCAUCAUCCACACCGAGUGGCAUCAGCAGUGUCGGACCCGGGCCCUGCAAGCUCACCAACCUAAUGCAGGUGACGCAAGACACUCCGAGCAACACCUCGCGGCCUGCUGCCGGUGUCAACACUGGCACCAGUACUGACAAUGUCAGCAAGCCAUCAAACAAUGUUUUUCCCAGCAUGAACGCUUCAGUGCCAGUGCAUCCUCAGAGAAGGAAAGUGAACAGCAGGACUAAACAAGGCAGUAUCCAGUAUCAUCAUCGGGGUGAUGGCAGAGGUCACUACCGACUCAAAGCUUUAAGGACAGCAGGAGGCGGGGGCAGCCUUGGUGCUUUGGGUCCCACGGGCUUGGAGCACCUUAGCUCAUCACAUGCGGUCCAUAAACAAGCCACCAGUGAGAAUGGGAGCAUCCAUCACAGCCUCCCAGAGAGCCAUGGAGUCCCCCUGACAAAUGGAAAGCGCAAUGGUCAGUUAGUGGCCACCAGCCCUUCGGAAGGCAGCGACGGGGGGAGCAGUGGCAGCCGCAAACCCUACCCGCUGCUCCCCUCGGUGGCCAGCCGGGUGGCCAUGAACGGCGCGCACAGACGAUGCAUCAGCAGAGACAAUUUGAAACUCGCGGCUGCUGCAGAGCGGGAGGCGAAGCGCUCUUCGUACCCGUUGAACAGCAUCACCACUACUGUGCCGGGAGCUGCAGCCCCAAAUGGCACCCUGAAGAACUCGGUUCGAGAACUGGACCACGACAUGAGUGGCACAGAUCACUCCCAAAGUUCUGUGGGAGUGAAGAGCAGUUUGUGGAAGAGUGAAACCACUGUGUAAUUUGUACUUGUACAUGAACGCCAGUGUUACCUUUAUAGCUUUUUAAAUGAGACUAUGUUUGAAGUGGCUCUUGAUUAUUGUUAUGUAAUUUAAGAUUUUUUUUUUUUGAAAAAGGGAUCCAAGACCCCAAUGUGUUGCUUUUAUUUCAGUGGCAAAUAAUUUGAGGUAGAGAGAGAAAAUUCAGUUAGAAGACUGUGCAUAUAUUGGUUAAUGAGGAUUUAAGACUUAAGUUUAAUGAGAGAUUUAUUGUUUUAGUUUUGAUUUUUCUAUGCAUUUCCGAAAACAAUUCAAUUUUAUUGUACACGGCGUUAUGCAACUCCUUUCACAGUCAUGUUUGCUUCUUGCAUGUGCAGAGUGUAUGAGUGUGUGCAUGUAUGCAUGUGUGUGCGCUUGUUUGUGUGUGCGCGAGCUUGUACAUAAUCCAUUGUCAAUUAAAAGAAUGUGAGAUUUCCGAA